AUGUCGGGCUGGGUGAGCGCGUGGCUGCAGGGCAAGAGCGAGGGAGACGAGGAGGGCAAGACCGAGGAGGGAGGCUUCGGCUCGGCGGGCAACACGCUCUCGGAUGGCGCGGCGCCCGCGUCUGCCGACGAGAUCCGGCGCAAGCGGCUGCAGAAGCUGCAGGAGGCCCAGGCCGCCGUUUCAGCCAAUCCGAGCCCGCCAAACCCGAAAGAUGACGUCAUAAUGGCCAAUCCGGAGGCGCCGUCCGACAAGAAGCAGCGCGUGGGCACCACGCCCGAAGUUUACGUCAACGACAUGCUGCAGCGCGUGUUGCGCGUGACGCUGACGCCCGCCAACAGCAGCAGCGACCUGCUGCUCCUGCCGCAGUUCGCAGCCCAAAUGGAAGGCGAGCAAGAUCUGCUGCUGUCAACAGCCAACGCCAGUGAAGUGCUCUACUCUCGGGUCAUUAUGAACCCUGCUGACCUCCCUGGAGGCUCGCAGCACCCCCUGGCUGCUCUGGCCUACCUGGAACAGGUCUUCUACCGCUGCCGGGACGAGAUGCAGAAGCUGCAGUCGUCCUUUGUGCGGCUGUCGGCGGAGCAGAAGCAGGAGGCGCAGGAGUGUCUGAGCAGCAUCCGCGAGAUGUGCAUCAACUACAGCGCCACGGCGUUGACGGACCCGGAGAUUUUCCCUUUCGAAGCAGGGACGAUCAAUGCCGACGCACUGGAGAAAAUUGUGAGACUGCAGGGCAAUGCGCAGACGCCAGAGUUCGUGGACGGAGUCGUGGCACAACUGGAGGCGAGUGACGGGACGCUGGCUGUGUUCGCCCCGAUAUUCCAGAAGUUGCUGUCCGAGCUGUUUUUGAUCAACCCGCCGUCGCUCAUGUCCAACUUUUACAACAACAUGUUUGUGCUGACGGUGCUGUGCCGCAACAAGGCGCUGGCCACGGCGUUCACGCAGAUCCCGGGAUUUUUGCUGACUCCGGGUCCUCCGAUGACGGGACGACGUCUCCAGGAUGCGACUGCGCUGGGGUUGCUGCUGCGCUUCAGCUGUGGCCAGGACGCGGCCAUCACGCAAAUGUUUACCAACAUCACGAAGCGCACCAAGAACGAUGUGGAUAACUCAAUCCUGACUAUUCGCAACAAGUUGGACAGCGUGCAGACCACGGUGUCUGACAUCAUCACGUUGCUGCUGAAAGCUGGUGGGAUCGCUCGUGAACAGGUGCUGGUGUGGUUGGAACAAGCGAUGCAGGUUAACGCCGAACGUGCCAAGGAGAACCCGGAUGCUAACAUCACGGCCACGAAUGGCAUGUUCGUCAACUUGACGAUGGUUCUGCUUAAACUGUGUGGUCCGUUCCUGGCCGCAAAGUCGAAGAAAGCCCAGCUGAUCAAGGCCGAGUACCUGACAAAGCUGAACCCGUUGUUCCCAUUUAACGAGACAAGGUUGAUCGGUGCUGGCUCAGAAAUUGCAGUCGCACAACAAGAUGAUCGCCAGCCGUUGAGCCCUGCGGAAUUCAACUUCAUCUCCCGUUGCUAUUUCAUUACAGCUCGGGCAAUGCACCUUGGACCUGUGGGCAUCAUGGGGCAGUAUAUGCGUCUGCUGCGUCAACUUUCGUACUUCCAGAGUCGUAUGAACGCUCCGAACGCGGAUCCACGCUUACGGGCACACUUUGACCAAAUGGCCGCUGCAAAGAUGAUCAUGGACGCUGAGCUGCUUCACCCUGACUUCUUGCACGAGAUGAUUCGGUUCUCGCUGCUUACUUGCGGCGUUGUGAACUCCAUGUGUACUGGAUCGAGUGUGUAUGGUGAGAGUGCCUCACUCCAGUUGCCUUUGCCAGCACCUGAUACCAAGGCAAAUCAAGUCCUCAAGUACAUUCCUGAACAUUUAGUGGACGACCUGUGCACCGCACUGAAGUUUGUUGCGAGACUACAACCGAAGGCGCUCAAUGCGUUCGAGCUGAACGAGUUGCUCAAGAUGAUCAUUGUCUUCCUGUCCAGCCCGGGAUAUGUCCAUAGCCCUCAUUUGCGUGCCAAGAUGAGCGAGGUUCUGUUUCAUAUUUUCUUGCCGUCCGAGGAGUCUGAAGAGCGUGAGACCGCUGGAACCGCUUUCGGAGUGGAGCUGCUUAUGACUAACUCGCUGGCACAGCGGCACCUCGCGCCGUGCCUUUUGGGGUUGUACGGUGACGUUGAGCACACGGGUUUUUACGAGAAGCUUGAGCACCGCUACAACAUUGCUUGUCUGCUGAAAUACUUGUGGAAGCUGGAUGGUCAUAAGCCGGCAUUCCUUCUGAUUGCCGAGGAUCGAGAAAAUUUUGUGAAAUUCGCUCACGGACUGAUGAACCACAUCAACAGUUUGGUGACGGAUGCGCUCAUCGCUCUCCCGGAGAUCAAGGUGCUCCAGGAAGAAAUGCAGGACGUUGCGCGUUGGAUGGCUCUUGAUGAAACUGUACGCGAGCAAAAGCAAAGCCUGCUUUCAGACAAGGAACGCACAGUCACAUCGAGUUUGCAGCUGGCCAACGAGACCAUCCACAUGAUGUCGUACCUGACGUCUGAAAUCCAGGAGCCAUUCGUAAAAAUGCCGGAGCUUGAAGACCGCCUCGUGAGUAUGCUGAACAGUGUGCUGGUCAAGCUUGCGGGUCCUCGUGGUGUGGAACUGAAGGUGAACAACCCUGAACAGUACAAGUUCCGUCCCAAGACAAUGCUGAAGGAAAUUGUGGAGACGCUGCUGCACUUUGCCCACUACCCGAGCUUCCUGGAGGCUGUGGCUACCAAUGGCUUCUACGAUGGCCAGGUCUUCCGGAAAUGCGCUCACAUUGUGGCCCGCACUCAGUUGUUGGUGCCAAGCGACGUGCAAAAGUUUGAGGCUUUCGUUGCGGACGUGGAGAAGGCUGCAGAGGGUGCAGCGAAUCUGGAGGAGACGCUGGGUGACAUUCCCGAGGAGUUCCUUGACCCAUUGGUGUUUACGCUGAUGAAAGACCCCGUGCUUCUGCCCAGCGGCUACACGAUGGACCGGUCGUGUAUCACACAGCACUUGAUGAAUGAUCAGAGCGACCCGUUCACUCGUGUCCCCCUCACCAUGGAGCAAUUGCAGCCGAAUACGGAUCUGAAGGCGAAAAUUGAGCAGUGGAUUCAGGAGCAGCAGCAGAAGCAGAAAGAUGCUGCUAAGUAG